AGCCGUGUCGCUCAUUUUCACUGUGGAUCACUCAGGCCAUGGACAUGCCACUUCAAAGCUCUGUCAGUGGGAGAAUUGGAGAGAAAACAGAUUAUCCAGAACCACACUUCAUCUGUGUCCCCUCACUCCCUGCACUCGGAGAAGGUGCUGGAUAAAUGAUGCAGGGCGAGUGUAGGAAAUCAGGAGGAACUCUGAUUUUACUCCCCGUGUGCUGCUGUGCAGCCUCGGAAAGGAGAGGAGCUUUUGUGCACGGCUGAAGCGUGCGAGUCCUCCGGGAGUUCCACACCCGUUCUGAAGCCUUGGUGGACCCAGCUGUUGGAUUUUCCCUGAUGCUGCUCAAUUUUGCUUCAGUGUGCCCAAAUUAAAGAAGAGCACAGGAAACAAAUUUAAACGUUGUAAAAGACAAGAGCAACAAGUGACAGGACUGUGUAAAUUUUUGAUAGCCCAGCUUUUUCUUUUAUCAAAUAUUUUGUUAGUAGAGAUGUUGCUAACUACCUGUUUAUGACUUCUGACGACUUUUGACACACAUGGACCCUAAUUAUACCAGUUUAGUAUUUCUGAUGAUGUCUUUUCAAACCAGUGUACGACAGAACAGUGCAAUCAAAAGUGGCUUUCUAUCCCAAGGAGACUGAAACAUUCAUUUAUUGCUCCCAGACAGACUAAAGCCUGUGGGUUCAGUGUCACAUCUCGCAGAGCUCGGCCCUGGAGCGCUGCUGCCGCGGCCGAGCGCAGCCCCUGGGGCCGCUGUGCGGGUGCAUUUGAAGGGCUCGGACACAAUGGCAGCGCCGUGUGUCUUUGUGCUCCAGGUCUGCGCUGCCCGUGCGGGCGGAGCGGGGCUGGCGGGAGCCGCGCUCCCCUCAGAGCCCCUGAGGGCGGCAGCGAUGGCGGCGCCGCUCCCUCAGCGCCGCCCCGGGGCGGAGCGGCCGCUCUUUGGCGCCAAGACGGGAGCGCGGCUCUGCCAUGGCCGCCCCUGCCGAGCCCGAGCACUCGCCCGGCUUCAAGAAGCCGCCGGCGCUGCUGCGGCUGAAGCGCAAACGUCCUGGGCGGAGGAGCGACCCCGCCACCGCCUCCGCAGAAGCCGCCGCCGCCCCGGCCCCGCGGGGCUCUGCGGCCGGCCGGCGCCGCAACCCCUUCUCCAGCCUGGACAAAGCUCCGCGGCGGGCGGCGGCCGCCCCUCGGCCUCCGGCAGCGGCCCCGGCGGGCGGGGAUGCAUCGGCAGCGCCCUUCUGGCAGUUUUUAGAUCCGGCGGGUGAAGAGAAGCCUCCCGGGAGAGCGGAGCCUGCUGAAUGUUCCGACAUCCUCGACCUAAGCCAGAGCCUUCAUUCACCUCUGGCUGUUCCCAAAGCUCCCUCCUCGCCAAGACAGGAAUUCCCUGCGGACUGGAGUAUUAAAACCCGGGUUCUCUUCAUGUCCUCCCAACCCUUCACGUGGGCAGAGCACCUGAAAGCACAGGAGGAGGCGCAGGGCUUUGCACAGCACUGCAGAGCUGCAGAAACCACCUUGCCCCGGAGCGUGCAGGAGCCGCGGCUGUGCACGGAGCUGCGCUGUGCCUUCCAGCAGAGCCUGGUCUACUGGCUGCACCCCUCGCUGCCCUGGCUGCCGCUGUUCCCCCGCCUCGGGGCAGACAGGAGGAUGGCUGGAAAGGCCUGUCCUUGGGCGCAGGACGAGGCCGUGCAGCAGGUGCUCAUGAGUGACUGGUCGGUGAGCUUCACCUCCCUGUACAACCUGCUGCGGGCCCGGCUGUGUCCGUAUUUCUACGUGUGCGCGCCGCAGUUCUCGGUGCUGUUCCGCGCCGCGGGGCUGGCGGGCAGCGCCGUGCCCACCGCCGCCAUCGCGCCCACCACGCGCGGCCUGCGCGACGCCAUGCGCGGCGACGGCAUAGAGUUCUCCUUACCUUUGCUCGAGGAGAGUAGGAGCAGGAAACGGAAAAGCUCAGAGGAGAGUUUGGAAACAGACACCGCUGAUGGGCUCGGAGGGGGCAGCAGCAUGGGGGACACGGGGGAACCAACUCCCAGUGAUGAUGAUGAGGAUGGAAGCUUCUCUUGGCUUGAGGAGAUGGGAGUUCAAGACAAGGUGAAGAAACCAGAUACUAUUUCUAUCCAAAUGCGCAAGGAGAAGCACGAGGUGCAGGUGGAUCACAGACCCGAGUCGCUGGUGCUGGUGAGAGGCAGCAACACCUUCACGCUGCUGAACUUCCUGAUCAGCUGCCGCAGCCUGGUGGCGGCGGCGGGGCCGCAGGCGGGGCUGCCCCCGACGCUGCUGUCCCCGGUGGCGUUCCGGGGCGGGACCAUGCAGACGCUCAAGGCUCGCACCGUCAGCGGCCGCGCCCGGGCGCAGGGCGGCUUCGAGGACGUGUUCAGCCUGGAGGUGCUGGGGCCGGUCCUGCCGCACGCCCUGCACGCCCUGACAAUGGUGCUGGGCCCGGCGCAGCGCGGCUCCUUCCGCGCCCUGCUCAGCCCCCACGAGCCCAGCGCCGCCUUCAACGCCCGGCCGGCCCCGGCCCAGGAGGAUGUGCAGCAGGACCUGCCCGCCUGCGGGCUGCAUCCCAAGACUUUGGAUCAGCUGCAGCAGUGUCCGACUCUGGGGAAAUCCUCCAUCCGCUUGCUGGAGAUGAAGGAUUACACCUACACCUGGAAGGCCUAGGGAUGCUGCCGGUCCAUGGAGCAGGACACGCCUCCCAGGGCUGCAGGUGCUGAGCUCGGGGCAGGGCAGGAGGGACACCCCACACAGCCGCUGCACUGCAACACUUCCAAGGGCUUGGAAGGAAAGGAGGGGAAAGGCCUUGGACAUAUUUUUUAAUGUAGAAAGGGUUUUUUUAAUAAAACGUGUUUUUAUUGGU